CAUUAAGAGACUUUUUUCUUUGACAUCAAAGAAAAAGAAACUAAAUUAAGCAACAAUGAGAAAGAGCUAUUCACAACCAAUAAGCCAAAAUUACCAACAAGGAAAUGAAGAGAUCAACAAGUUGAGAGAGAAGACAAAUCCUUCAUCGUCAUCGCCACCGUCAUCAUCGUCGCAUGAGGCUGAGAAGAAAGUGAACCAUCAAACAAAGAAGCUAGAGAGGAUGCCUAGUGAAGAAGAUAUCAAUGCUAGUGCUGAUGCCUUCAUUAAGAACUUUAGGCAGCAGCUUAUGCUUCAAAGGCUUCAAUCCAUUGAGAAUUAUGAGAAAAUGCUUGCUAAGGGAAGGGGACGGUAGCUUAUAAUUUACAUAUUCUAAAUAUUUAAGGUCAUGAAUAUUUUUUUUUUUUUGUGAGUGGUAUUUAAUGUUAAUUAUGCUUAGCAUACGGUUAUGUAUGUUAAUGUUAAGUAAAAUGUUAAUUAUGUGUUCUAAAUAAUAUGAAUUGU